AGUAUUUUAUAAUCACAUUUGACCCCCAAUUUGAUGAAAGCUUCAAAUAUUUUAUCUUCUUUCAGGAGUUAGCUGUUUGAGAAGUAUAUUUGUUGAUGGAUCAAAACCCUAGUUGUUCCAAAGCAGACAGAAAGACUAUAGAGAAAAACAGAAGAAAUCAAAUGAAGUCUCUAUAUUCUCAGCUCAGUUCUCUACUGCCCCAUCAAAAUUCUAGGGAAGUAGUAUCUCUACCAGAUCAGCUAGGAGAAGCUACUAAUUACAUAAAAAGUCUGCAGAUUGAUUUGGAGAAAAUGAAUCAGAAGAAGGAUCGCCUUACUGGCUUGGGAAAUUGCAGUAGCUCAACGAUGGGGGAACUGAAAUUGCCACACGUUGAGAUUCAUGUAUCGGGUUCAGCUGUGGAGGUUGCUUUAAUAACUGGUUUGGAUUGUCAAUUCAUGUUCAGUGAAAUUAUUCGAAUGUUUCAUGAAGAAGGUGCUGAGGUCAUCAAUGCCAGUUUUUCUAUCCAAGAUGAUACCAUUUUCCACACAAUACAUUCAAAGCUUGAAGAGACAUCUGCACCAGAAGAUGAAGCUUCAAAGAUAUCGGAGAUGCUAAAGAAGUUUGUGUACAGCAGUGUUAAUUAAUCCAAUGUUUUAUCUGCUGAUUUAAUUUCUAGUUUCUGCUUAAUUUCGUGAAAGAUCAAGUCCUCGAUUUAGUAAGAGAUCCAAGCACAUCAAAUGAGUAAUUAAUUGACUUCUUCAGUUUCUGAA